AUGCCUCCUCCUCCGCCGUCCAUGGCUCCCUCCGCCCUGCCUUCCAGAACCUUCCACCCCCGCCGGCCCCACCCUCAACCCUCCUCCGCUCCCGCUCCUCCUCCGAGGGAGGCCACCGUCCCCUGCUGCGUCUCCCGGCGGAGGGCGGCCGCGCAGCUCCUCCUCUCGGCCGGCCUCCUGACCGCCGUCUCGUCCUCCCCGCCGGCGCCCGCGCUCGCUGCCAGGAGGGGCCGCCGGACCAUCGCGCCGGAGGACUACGCGUCCACACCUGAUGGCCUGAAGUACUACGAUCUCAUUGAAGGGAAGGGCCCAACUGCCGAGAAGGGAUCAACUGUCCAGGUUCAUUUCGACUGCAUAUACCGCAGCAUCACCGUGGUGUCGAGCCGCGAGGCCAAGCUCCUCGCGGGGAACCGGAGCAUCGCACAGCCCUAUGUGUUCACCGUCGGAUCGCUGCCUGGAAAAGAGCGGAAGCGCGAUUUCGCAGACACCGCCAACGGGCUGUUCUCCGCGCAGGCUUCGCCGAAGCCUCCACGGGCCAUGUACAUGAUAACCGAGGGAAUGAAAGUUGGAGGGAAGAGGAGGGUGAUUGUGCCUCCAGAUCUGGGUUAUGGGAAAAAGGGGCAGGGCGAGAUACCGGCUGAUGCUAGUUUUGAACUGGAUAUAGAGCUUUUGGAAGUGAUCCCUCCCGCAGAUAGUUGA